AUGUCGACCGCAACGGCAUUGGCCCAUCUCGGGCCCAAUGGGACGCAAAACCAGCAGAGCCGACUGGAGCACACGACUGAAGGGUUUACUGACGACGGCUACGUUGGAGCAAAGGACCCGCCGAAAUCGAUGGAGUCGCGGCAUUCCACCGUGCAGGAGCUCGCUCGUGAAUUUACCCGCAACAGCUCCCACGACUCUGACGGCAAGCCUAUCUUCGGCAGCGGUGACCCGGAUUCCCCGCUGAACCCAUCCGGCAACAACUUCAAUGCACGAGUGUGGGCCAGGAAUGUUGCCAGGAUUACUGAGGAGCGCGGUCAGGGCUUCCGUCGAGUCGGCUUGUGUUUCCAGGACUUGAGCGUCUUUGGCUACAGCAGCGCGAUGGACUUUCAGAAGACUGUCGCAAAUAUCUGGCUGGCCCUGCCGGGAAUGGUUGCUCGUCGUCUCUUGCCCAGCACCAGCACAUCAGGCCAAACCCGAGUGGAGAUCCUGCAGCAGUUUGACGGCAUCAUCCGUCCAGGAGAGAUGUGCGUGGUCCUGGGUCCUCCUGGGUCCGGUUGCUCGACUUUCCUGAGAACAAUCUCGGGCGAUCGGAAUGGUAUCUACGUCAACCGGAAUUCGUACUUCAACUAUCAAGGCAUCUCGGACAAGGAGAUGCACACUUCGCAUCGAGGCGAUGCUAUCUAUACUGCUGAGAUCGAUGUCCACUUUCCCAUGUUGACCGUUGGCGAGACCUUGACCUUUGCCUCGUACGCUCGCUGCCAAAGGGAGCAGCCAGCAGGCACCACUCGCAAACAAUACUGCGAACAUCUUCGCGACGUCGUUAUGGCUAUGUACGGGAUCACUCACACCAUUCAUACCAACGUUGGGGACGAGUUCGUACGCGGAGUGUCCGGGGGCGAACGCAAACGUGUCACGAUUGCGGAGGCGACGCUGUCCAACGCCCCAUUCCAGUGCUGGGACAACUCAACGCGCGGCCUGGACGCGGCCAACGCGGUUGAGUUCUGCAAGACCCUCCGACUGCAGUCAGAAUUAUUCGGCCAGACAUGCGCUGUAUCGAUGUAUCAGGCACCUCAGAACGCCUACAACCUAUUCGACAAGGCACUGGUCAUUUACGAAGGACAACAGAUCUACUUCGGACCUGCGUCCCGGGCCAGGGACUACUUCAUCAAUCUGGGGUUCGAGUGUCCGGCUCGGCAGACAACGCCCGACUUCCUCACAUCCAUGGCUUUCCCAGCAGAACGCAUCCCUCGUCCUGGCUGUAACCCACCGCGGACGGCCGCUGAAUUCGCAGCCGCUUGGAAAAGGAGUCCGGAGUACGAGGCUCUACGGCGUGAGAUUGAGGAUUACAAGGCUCAGCAUCCGAUUGACGGGCCGGACGCCCUGGCUUAUCGACAGCUCAAGAAGGCGCACCAGGCCAAGGGUCAGCGUUUAAACUCGCCAUAUACCCUGACGUACUCUCAGCAGGUUCAGCUCUGUAUGUGGCGAGGACGGAGACGGUUUUGGGCCGAUCCGGGCCCGUCUAUCUGGGUCAUGAUCGGGAACGUCAUUAUGGCGCUCAUCAUGUCGUCCCUGUUCUACAAUAUGGGCCAGACAACGGCGUCAUUCUACGGACGGGCUGUUGUUCUCUUCAUGGCUAUCCUGUUCAAUGCCUUCGCCUCUAUCCUCGAGGUCAUGACCCUGUACGCGCAACGGCCCAUUGUGGAAAAACAGGCCCGCUACGCCUUUUACCACCCUUCGGCUGAGUCAUAUGCUUCUGUCCUGGUUGACUUGCCCAUGAAGAUCACCGGCACCGUUUCCUUCAACUUGGUGUUCUAUUUCAUGACGAACCUGAACCGGCAUCCUGGGAACUUCUUCUUCUACCUGCUGGUGGUCUUUCUCAUUGUUCUGGCCAUGUCUGGGGUCUUCAGAUUCAUCGGCGCGCUGUCUCGAACAGAACAACAAGCGAUGGUGCCCGCAUCGAUUCUGAUGCUUGCUCUGCUCGUCUUCACCGGCUUCGUGGUCCCGAUUCGCUACAUGCUGUCGUGGUGCCGGUGGAUCAACUACCUAAACCCCGUGGCGUACGGCUACGAAGCCCUGAUGGUGAACGAGUACCACUCCCGUAACUUCACCUGUUCAUCAUACAUCCCCAGUUAUGGAACUCCCGGUGCGACAACCGUGGCCUGUGAUGCUAUCGGCGCCGUACCGGGUCAAUCCUACGUCAACGGCGACGCGUAUAUCAACUCAGCGUACAGCUACUACCACAGUCAUAAGUGGCGCAACGUUGGCAUCAUCAUCGCCAUGGUGAUCUUUAACCAUAUCGUGUAUUUCAUGGCCAGCGAGUACGUCACAGCAAAGAAGUCAAAGGGUGAGAUCCUUGUUUUCCGUCGGGGAUGCGUCCCCAAACUUGCCAGCAAGCGCCAUCAGGACAUUGAGGGGUUGCCCUCAGGCCCGGUAACAGCUUUGCUGGAGAAGCCGGGCAAUAGCUAUGCUUCGAGCAAGAAGGGAGGCUUUCAGGGCUCCACGAGCGUGUUCCACUGGAGCAAUGUGUGCUACGACAUCAAGAUCAAGGGCAAGCCUCGCCGCAUUCUGGAUAAUGUCGAUGGCUGGGUGAAGCCUGGAACCUUGACGGCCCUAAUGGGUGUUUCCGGGGCUGGCAAGACCACGCUGUUGGAUUGCCUUGCUGAUCGCCGCGCCGGUGUGGGCGUCCUCACUGGCGAGAUGUUGGUUGAUGGAAAACUCCGCGACGAGAGCUUCCAGCGCAAGACCGGCUACGCACAACAGCAAGAUCUGCAUCUCGAGACGAGUACGGUUCGUGAGGCUCUGAGUUUCUCCGCUCUCCUUCGUCAGCCAGAGAACGUCCCAAAGGCAGACAAACUGUCCUACGUCGACGAGGUCAUUCAGCUGCUCCGCAUGCAGGAGUAUGCCGAUGCUGUUAUUGGCGUGCCAGGGGAAGGGCUGAACGUUGAGCAACGCAAGCGCCUGACGAUUGGCAUCGAGCUAGCUGCUAAACCACCGCUCUUACUCUUCAUUGACGAGCCCACGUCGGGCCUCGACUCCCAGACCAGCUGGGCUAUCUUAGACUUACUGACCAAACUCUCCAAAGCGGGCCAGUCGAUCCUUUGCACCAUCCACCAGCCCUCUGCGAUGUUAUUCCAACGUUUUGAUCGCCUGCUCUUGCUUGCUAAGGGGGCAAGACUGUUUAUUUCGGUAUGUCCUGUUCCCUCUCUCGGGAGUCAGCAACGCAUGAUGACUGUCAUCUCCAAAUCGAGUGCGGCUAACACACUUACCCGUCCAGGCGAAAUCGGAGAGAGUUCAACGACCCUCAUCGAUUACUUCGAGCGCAAUGGUGCCAAGCCCUGCCCACCCGGCGCCAACCCUGGAGAGUGGAUGCUUGAGGCUAUCGGCGCCGCACCCGGCAGCUAUUCAGAAGUUGAUUGGCACGAAACGUGGCGCUCCAGCCCCGAAUACCGCACUAUCCAGAGCGAACUCGCCCAGCUGCGCUCCAAGAACCCACCAGACGUGUCCACCGAUGGCAGCAACGACGAGUCCACUUUGUACGGCGAAUUUGCGACACCCCUCUGGCGCCAGUUCCUUGUGGUGACGGAGCGCGCAUUCCAACAGACAUGGCGCACACCAUCGUACAUCUACUCCAAGCUCCUCCUCUGCACCGCCACCAGCCUGUUCAUCGGCUUGGUCUUCCUUAACUCCCCACUAAGCAUCCAGGGCCUGCAGAACCAGAUGUUCGCAAUCUUCGAGCUGAUGAGUAUCGUCGGGCAGCUGGUAGACCAGCAGUUCCCCCACUUCCUCACGCAGCGCUCGCUCUACGAGGCCCGGGAGAGGCCCGCCAAAACAUACAGCUGGAAGGUCUUCAUGCUCAGCCAGAUCCUGACCGAGAUACCCUGGUACACAGUCGCCUCCGUGCUCAUGUGGGCGCUGUUCUACUUCCCCGUGGGCUUCUACAGGAACGCUGACGCUGCGGAACAAGGCCCCGAGCGUGGCGUGUUGAUGUUGCUCCUCUUCUGGGUGUUCCUGAUGUGGGUGUCCACGUUCGCGCACUUCUGCAUCUCAUUCGCCGGCUCAGCCGACGACGGCGGCAAUAUCGCCAACUUUAUAUUCGUGCUUGCCUUCUUCUUCUGCGGCGUCCUCGCUUCGCCGGACCAGAUGCCCCGCUUCUGGAUCUUCCUCUACCGCGCCUCGCCGCUCUCGUACUACGUCUCAGCUGUCCUCUCGACGGGCCUCGCUAAUGUAAACGUGACCUGCGCGAGCAACGAGUUCACCACGUUCGAUCCGCCCGCCGGUCAGACGUGCGGUGAGUACAUGACUGAGCAUAUCUCCGCGGCGGGUGGGUAUCUGCUGGAAUCGGGUGCUACGGCCAACUGCCAGUACUGCAAGGUCAAGGAGACGAACGUGUAUCUAGCGGCUAUUCAUGCGGAGUACGAGACCAGGUGGCGCAACUUUGGCAUCAUGUGGGCAUAUGUCGCUUUCAACGUUGCGGCGGCGUUGGUCUUGUACUGGGUGGCGAGGAUACCCAAGGGUAAGAAGAACGUGUCAGGGUAG